AACAAUUUUUAUUUAAUUUUUGACAAAAACAAAAGAAUCAAAAUCGAAAACUGAAAAUCAAAAUUCUAGGCUUGGGACAGUGAACUGCAAAAUCAAGCUUCAAUGGAUGACAUGGCAGCUUACUACUCCCAAACCCAACCGCCGAAUCUUCUAACUUAUCAAUACUACCCACCGCAACAACCGCCGCCGCCGCCGCAGUAUCAACCCAUUCCGGUGAUACCACCGCCACCCGGUGCUCCACUACCGCCGCCGCAUCAUCCUCAUCCUCAUCCUCAGUACAUUCCACAACAACAACAGGUGUAUGAUUCUUACGUUCCUUCUCCGCUUGCUUCAACCAAUGAUGUUCGCACUCUUUUCAUCGCUGGUCUUCCUGAAGAUGUUAAGCCUCGUGAAAUUUAUAAUCUGUUUCGUGAAUUUCCUGGUUAUGAGUCUUCGCAUCUUCGGAGUCCCAAUAAUUCAUCGCAGGCUUUUGCUUUUGCUGUUUUCUCAAAUCAGCAAUCUGCUAUUAUGGCAUUGCAUGCCCUUAAUGGGAUGAUCUUUGAUCUUGAAAAGGGGUCCACGCUUUAUAUUGAUCUGGCUAAAUCCAACUCUAGAGCUAAACGUGCAAGGAUAGAUGAUGAUAGAGCUAGCUCAGAUAAGAAAGCUCGUGGAUCCGCAUCAUCAUGGCCAACUCCUGAUUCUGCAGGUGUUAGCAGCAUUCACAUGCCUGGAAUGGGUAAUCCUGCUUUCAACACAAACAUGAUUGGUUAUCCACCUGCACAAAGUCAUGGAAUUGCUGAUGGGAAUGCUAUGCAUGACGGUCUAUUUCUAAAUCUGAAAAAGUGUUCCAAUCCUUACAUUCCAACGAAUACCACCCCAUGUGCGACUUUAUUUGUAGCUAAUUUGGGGCCUUCUUGUAAUGAACAAGAGCUAAUCCAAGUAUUUUCCAGGUUCCCUGGAUUUCUAAAACUGAAGAUGCAGAGCACAUAUGGAGCCCCUGUUUCAUUUGUUGAUUUCAAGGAUAUUCCUAGCGCAACUGUCGCCUUAAACAGUCUGCAAGGCACCAUCCUUUAUUCCUCACCAGCCGGCGAGGGAAUGCGUUUAGAAUAUGCUAAAUCGCGGAUGGGUAUGCGGAGGAAGCCGAAGUAAAUUAUGUGCUGGAAAUUAUUUAUAAAAAAAAAGAAGCAAAAGUAAAACAUUGGAGAAGUCGUCCAUGACUUUUUAAGAGACACGCUUGCUAUUAGGAUGCAUUAUGAAUUCUAUUUGCGGUUGCAAUAGAGGGAAGCUUAACGGAUUUGUCCAAUACUUUGCAAGAUUUAAUUUUCGGUUUCUGAAGACAAAGUCUAAGAUUUAAAUUCUUGUAUUUGUCUUGGUAUUUGAAAGUUCUACAUUGAUAAAGUUCUCCGGUAUCAUAUCCCCUUGUAAAUUUCAUAUAAACGGUACUUCUAAAUUUUUGGUGGAUUUAUCAAGAAUUCAAGAUUCAUACAA